CUCGCAUUUUUGUCAAAGAAAGAAGAAAUUUUGGCGUCGGAAACAAAGUGUUUGUUAAUAAGAUUCAAUCGCGGUAAUUAUUAAUUUAAUGAAAAUUACUAAAUUCGUCUUUGGUACGGCUUAAAACUGAAAAUACAACAUCGUGUUGUGAGUUCUUGAAUUUACACUUGUGUAAAGUUUGAAUUUUUCAUAUUCGUCGUGCGGUGUGACAGACAGCGAGUUGUGGUUUGCGUACUUUUCCAUGUUUGUUGCUGGGCUAAGUGUACGGAGAAGGGAGAAACAGCAGAUACAUUUGUUGAAGGACGUUUUGCAUUUUUAUUUAUGCGGAUUUUCGAGCGCUGGCGCUUAAUAUUUCCUGUACCAGUAAAACUCAAAGUGGUUGCAGCAGAUACUUUCGGUUGAACAUUGUAAAGAUACAUUUUGCAAUAAGUUUGUCGUAUUUUUUACAGUGAAGUUUCACGGUGUGAAACAUUUUGGUGCGUGAGAAUAAAAAAUCGUCAAACUGGAUAACACCAUGGGAAGUUCUGACGACCGCGUUUACGCGGCAGAACGUAUAAUACAAAAACGCAUUAGAAAGGGUGUUCUGGAGUAUCGUGUAAAAUGGAAGGGUUGGAAUCAACGAUAUAAUACGUGGGAGCCAGAAGUGAACAUUCUCGAUCGACGUCUUAUAGAAAUUUACGAACAGAGCAACCGAUCAUCAAAUACUCCAUCAAAACGAGGUAGUAAACGCAAAGAAAAAGCGCAGGACCCCGAACCUGAAUCUGAGGAAGAUGAGUACACUUUCACCGGUGACGAUGUGGAUACAAAUCAAGCUUCCACCUCAGCCGCGGCAUCUGCAUUAACAAGCAGCAGUCAUCACCAUCACUCUUAUCAUUAUGAAAAAGAGAAGGAAAAGGAAAAGAAACGGGACCACAAUCAUCACCAUCAUCAUCACUCAGCGAAAUCUGAACGGAAUCGCUCUCGCUCACCACACACAGACUCGCAUCGAGAAAAUGGCGGACAUAAGCGUCAUACUUAUACCUCCACAUCGGCAUCGAUGUCUGCUGCAGUUGUGGCAGCCGCAGCUGCUUCUAAUUCUGCAUUGAAUUUCAUUCCUGAAGCUGAUUCAAAUUCAUCCAGUUCGGAGGACCAGCCGCUUAGCCGAAAAGAAGUAACCCCUAUGGGCACUAAACGCAAAGCAGAAGUGUUAAAAGAGUCGGGUAAAAUAGGAGUCACUAUAAAAACAUCACCCGAUGGUCCACCGCCGCCUAAACAACAUUGUGCGAAUGCUGUCAGUGUAGACACAGCCACCUCGAUAUCAACUCCGUUAAAAUCGGAAACUGAACCGCUUUCCCCAGAGACACCUGCUUCGCGACCAGAACAAGCCACACCCGCAGAGAAAAACGCAGCAUUGCAGCAUCAUUAUAAUGCUUCAGCAGCGGAUGAUGAUGAUUCAUCAUCACAAGCAGAUAGCCAAACGGAGAAUGCCAAUUCGGCAGCGCAAAGCAAGGCAACGGGUGACGACGGUACCUAUUCGCCAAAGCGCAACGGUCACACUACCGACGAGCAUCAGCGACAAAGUGCGCUUGAGCCACUUUCACCGAAAGCGCUGCCACCUCGCUUUUGGUUGCCUAGCAAAUGUAAUAUAUCCGACAAAGUGGUGAUCACCGAUGUUACAGUAAAUUUAGAGACAGUGACUAUUCGCGAAUGCAAAACUGAACGUGGGUUCUUUAGAGAACGGGAAUUAAAAUCUGGUGGUACGAAAACUGAAUCUGACUCGGUAGCCUAAAAAAAAAAUAAGAAUCUAGAAUUUUAAAGGACUGCAUCGGUUGUUGCGUGUUGCCAUCUACAAUCAACGCAACUAUUAUGUAUUAAUUACAUAUAAAAAUUUAUGACUUGCUAUUUUAUUCACUGAUUAUCUUAAAGUUAGUUGAAAAAGUUCUUGUAAAUAAUGUACCAUAGCUUCUAUUAGAAUAAAUAUACAUACAUAUACGAGUAA